AUGACGAGACUGUUGUCACCACAGACCGACGGCCGCCCCGAACUCCAGAGAUUGCCUCCUAAUAAGCGGCGUGGCAAAAUCCCCGCCUCGAACCGUCGCCGCGUGGUUUGCGCCUGCAACUCUUGCAAUGUAAGGCGCAUUAAAUGUAGCGGUGGCCGACCUUGUGAAGCAUGUACCCGCAAUUCGCGAGAAUGCAUCUAUCCCGCAUCAGGCGAAAGAGUCUACGUUGCCAAAGACGAGUUUGAAGCCCUCAAGACCGAAUGUGCCAUUUUGAAGCGCUGUUUGGAAGAAAGCGUCCCUUACCAAUCACAGCGAGAAUCUCUUAUCCGGAAAUGGAGCGAGCCCAUGUCCCAAUCCCCAGUCGUUAAGGCCGAAGAUGAUCCCGAAAACCGUGAUGACCACGAUCUUCCUCAUGGCCGUGUGCUGAGAUACUCGGAUAAUUACGCAAUGUUCCAUGGAGCGUCAGCUGGAGGCGUUUGGAUUGAUCAGCUUCGUAGUCUCGUUUGCUUGCUCGACAUGAAGAGCGACUCUCCCUCACCGUUCGGAUCUGAUCUCGGACGCAUUCAUACAUAUGACUCUCGACCGAUUGCAACAAAUCAGGUUGAACCUUUAGAGCUGCCCCGGCUUCAUGAUAUCACUGGCCUGCUUAGUGCAUUCUGGGGAUACACCGAGGACAGAAAUACCCCAUACGGUUGCGGCGGAAUCUACUUUUGGGGAAAUCUCCACGAGAUACUUCGACAUGCCGCUGAUUCUGCCAACGGCACUCCGACGACUGGUCUUUGUUUACUCAAUGCAACACUGGCACUAGCCUGUCAGUUCGAUUGCUUCCCUGCACAGAAAGGCGAACACAACCCUGGAGAAACCUACUUUGCCCGCGCCAAAAUGCUCUUGGGAAACGUGCUGUGCAAUGCCACUACCACUACUAUGCAAGCAUUGACCUUUAUGAGCUAUUAUCUUUUAGGCACUGGCCGCAGAGAUACAGCUUAUACAUAUAUAUGUGCUGCCAUGAGGAUUGCAAUCCUGCAUGGAUUCCAUGAAGGCUGGGUUUUGAAUGAACGACAGAGACGAGAGUUUUGGAAUAUGUUCAUUCUUGACCGCUGGGUGAGCUGUCUUACUGGCAGGCCGUCAAGCAUCAAGAAUGAAUCGUUGAGUAUAGGUCUCCCUGAGAAGAUAGCCGGAAGGCUUGUCCUCUUGUGCACUCGGCCUCUCUUGUUCUUGACCGUAAAGACCAGGCUCUCAUUCUACUUAGUUGACAGCACAAUCAACCAGCGGCUACGAUUUCCCGAUAGUCUUGUUAGAACAUGCGUGGACGCGGCCCGACAAAAUGCAUCGCUAAUUAGCGGACUGAUGGAAUCCCGGCCUGCGGUGAUGAUGCUGACUCUACGAUAUCACUACUCCUUCAAUGCCGCGACGGUCCUUGAGCUGGCUCUCCUCCUACCGCAGCAUGGGCAAACAGAAGACAUCCAGCUAAUCGAGAGUUUACUCGAAGAUCUCAAAAACCCAGGCCAAAGCGAGAACGAGUGUUCUUUGGACUGCGCCAAGAUGGUCGCCGAGUUCUUUGCUGUUGUCGAACGCUUGCGGAACUUGACCCUCAUGUCGUCCGACUCGCCUGAAAGCAGUACUCACGACGAGGACGAAAAACGGUAUAAUCGAGCAGUGAACCGGAAAUUGGACCUGGUUAUGCUUCCCUUUUUAUCCUUUCUAUAUCUAUUCAGUGGCCUUGAUCGAGGGAACGUUGGUAAUGCCGAAACUCAAGGUUUUACUGAUGACAUUGGGGCAUCGGCCGACGACUUCAACCUAGCGGCUUCUUUAUUCUUUAUACCAUUCGUGCUCUUCCAGCCAAUUUCAACCGCUGUAGGGCGGCAGGUUGGGGCUAAACACUGGAUACCUAUCAUCAUGAUAUUUUGGGGCAUCACCACUGUUGCUCAGGCAUUCAUCAAAGGCUCAGGCGCCUUGAUAACAGUGAGGCUUCUCAUUGGCCUCUUCGAAGCUGGCUUUUUCCCAACAGUGUGCUUUUACUUGUCGACAUUCUACACUCGAUUUGAUUUGGGGUUGAGACUGGCAUUGUUCUAUGGCAACUAUGCCGUGGCAGGAGCUUUCUCUGGGGCAUUAGCCUAUGGGAUUUUUCAAAUUGAAGGCGCAUUAAAAGGCUGGCAGUAUCUAUUCAUCAUCGAAGGCGCUUUAACAUGUCUCGUCGGCAUCGUCGCCUGGUUCUGGAUGCCCUCGGGACCGGGCUCGGCAUGGUUCCUAUCCCGUCGUCAACAACAAUUUGUGAUCAUGAGAGUGCAACGUGACAAUGCAAAAUACAUCCGCCAUGAUCUUGGCAAGGAUGGUAUAGAAUUGACUUCGGAUCGUCUCUCAAAAAGAGACUUUGUCGAAACAGCAAAGGACUGGAAACUGUGGUACGCACUGUUGUGUAACAUAUGCGCCUCGGUUCCGCCGACAGCUUUUUCGGUUUUUCUUCCACUGGUGGUGAAGGGCAUGGGGUAUACAUCUUUGAAUGCUAAUUUGAUGACCGUCCCGCCCUAUGUUUGCGGAGCCGUGGGUCUGUAUCUUUUCGCUUUCAGCUCUGAUCGAUAUCAUGAAAGAGGAUAUCACAUAGUAGUCGGACUAUUCAUCUGUCUUGUUGGCUUGGUCAUCCUCGUGACUGUGUCGAGCAAUGGGGGAAAAUACACUGGAUUAUGCAUCUUACUGUUUGGAAGCUAUACUUCUGCCCCCCUUCUUAUUGCGUGGCUAAGUGGAAACACCCCCGAGCCCGGCAAACGGUCCCUUGUCAUCGGAGUCAAUGGGUGUGGCAACCUUGCAGGAGUCAUCGGUGCACAGCUUUACAAGGAAAGAUACUCGCCUCGAUUCUUGGUGCCGUUUUAUGUGACUCUAGGCUUCGUCAUCUUUUCCAUGGUCGGUUUUCUCUCCUAUAGAUUUGUCCUGCGGGCUGUCAACCGUGACAAGGCCCGCAAGGUACGAGGGUGGACGGAGGAGCAGAUUGAAAACGAAAGGACAAGUUCAGAGCGCUAUGCGGACAAGAAAUAUAUUUUUCGUGGUGGGUCUUCUCCCGCCGAUAAUUCAAUCUUCAACUUUUUUUUCUCUCUUGUCGACGGCAGCUCUGGGAAGCGCAAACACUGCUCGACACUCGCAAUGGCGGCACCAGUGCUCCCUCUCACCCAAGUGCGGCUUCCACAGCUGCCAUCUACCAAGUUGACAGCCGAGCAACUGUACUGGAAAAGCUUCAAGACGCCCCUGCUAGUGUCUUCGCCGUCGAAUAAUCCCAUCAACUUGAUUACACAGCCGUCGGCCCCGUCGUCCCUAUCGGCCUACCCUUCGGCCGCACAGCCUCCAGACGUCUUCACCGUCACAACCGGUGCACGAAUACAGAUCUACUCUAUCCGAACGCGGAAACUCCUUCGGACGAUUACAAGAUUUGAUGAUACUGUGCGAGGCACUGAUGUGCGAGCGGAUGGGCGUAUUAUUGCCACUGGUGACGACACCGGCACGAUCCAGGUGUUUGACGUCAACUCUCGCGCAAUCUUGAAAACAUGGAAGGAACACAAACAGCCCGUGUGGGUGACGAAAUUCUCGCCGAGCGAUCCAACAACACUGCUCAGCACUAGCGAUGACAGGACGGUGCGGUUAUGGAGUCUGCCAAGUGAAACCAGUGAGAGGACUUUUGCAGGCCACACGGACUAUGUCCGAAGCGGAGCGUUUAUGCCAGGCUCAAUGGCUUCGGGCGGGAUGGUCGUCUCGGGUAGUUAUGAUCGGACAGUGAAACUCUGGGAUCCUCGAGUGGACGGCCGCGCUGUUAUGACUUUCCAAAUGGGCGCUGCUAUCGAAAGUGUUUUGCCAAUGCCCUCCGGCACGACGGUCCUGGCCUCGGCUGAUAACCAGAUUGCAGUGUUGGAUGUUGUUGCAGGGAAGCCUUUGCACAUGAUCAAGAGCCAUCAAAAGACGGUCACUUCGCUUUCUUUAGCUUCGAAUGGUGACCGUGUUGUGAGUGGAGCCUUGGAUGGCCAUCUCAAGGUAUUCGACACGACCUCGUGGUCUGUCGUUGCUGGCUCUAAAUACUCGUCGCCCAUUCUCUCCCUGCGCAUCCUUACAACAGGCCCCGAGAGAGAAGAUAAGCAUAUCGCAGUGGGUAUGCAAUCUGGGCUUGUCUCAAUCAAGACUCGACUUUCUGGUGAACAAAAGGUCAAAGAACGAGAACGGAAGAAGGAGAUGCAGGCUUUGUUAGAAGGCACCAUUGAAGCAUAUGAUCAGAAACAGGCAAAGAAGGCCCGUUCACGAGGACACGAAAAACGACUACGCGGCCGAGACUUCCUCGGUGAAGGAGUAGAUAUCGUCAUCCAAGGCCAAGACAGCAAGAAGCGCAAGAAGGAAUCCGCAUGGGAAUCAGAUCUUCGCCAUGGCCGCUACUCGGAUGCCCUCGACCAUGUACUCGUUGGAUCGGACAGGACUACGCAAUUGACACUCAUUACGGCUCUGCGGCAUCGGUCCGCCCUGCGAACGGCUCUCAUGAAUCGCGACGAGGUCACAUUGCAGCCUAUUCUGCGAUGGGUGUACAAAGCCAUCAUGGAGCCGCGUCUUGUGAGCCUGAGCGUCGAGAUUGCAAUGAAUAUCCUCGACAUAUAUUCAGGAAACCUGGGACAAUCGGCCGAAAUAGACGCUCAAGUGAUCAAGCUCCACAAGCGCGUGCGCGAAGAAGUCGAGUGGGCACAGCAAGCCUGGCAAACAAAAGGCAUGUUGGAUAUGCUUAAUGUUUCGUAG